AUGUCCUUUUUGUUUAAUAUAGAUAUCGAUGAAUGUAAGGAGAACACAUACGAUUGCCCUAAGUUUUCAAGGUGUAAGAACCGAAAUGGUAGCUAUGACUGUCUCUGUAAAGACGGUUAUCGAAAAGAAUCUGAUGGAACUUGUUCAGGUAAUGUUUCACAUUUAAUUUCACCUCUGGAAAAGAGUCUUUUUACUGUCGUAGAGCUGAGAUAACUAAGCUCAAGCUUAUAAAUGUAUCUUUGGUGCCCACUGUAAACAAACAAUGCUACCAUUAAAACCUGUUAUUACUUUCCUCAGAAAUUUGCUUUCCAGAGUGUGAAGAAAAUUCAUAUUGUCUGAGAGGAAAUUGUCUGUGCAGGAGAGGCUUUCAUCUGGGCCCAGACCUAACGUGUCAAUUAGGUUAGUGAUUGUACUGAAAUAAUAUGAGAUGGGCUAGGAUAGAAUGGAAUAUUCCGACAGAUAGGAUAGAAUGAGGAAGAAUGGGAUGGGUUGAGAUAGAAGAGAGCAAUAUAGGAUGAGACACCAUUGAUUGAGAUAGAUUGGGAUGGAUAGAAUGGAAGGGACGGGAUAGGAUAAGUGAGAUGGUAUUGUACCCUGAUGGUUAUGGAAGUAAAUUGUUAGCUUUCACACCAAGUCUAGCCACUAUGACAAGAUGGACAUUUGUUAGCCACACAUACAAAGCUUAAGGAUGAUUGCCAUCUGGCUAUAAAUACACUCCUUGGUUGUAUGAAGAUGUUGCCCAUUCAAUAACCCUAACGUACCCAGAUAUUAAUAACAUCUUGCAGCCAUCAUCUGUCAUAAAGAAACGAGUCUUGUAAGCUUGGGGCGGCAGAUACUUAUCUAUUUAAAGACAACUUCAUGUGCUAGUUGGUGAUUAAUUGACUGUGUUGUAAGUUUUGCUGUAUGGUAUAGAUAAGGCACAUUCUAACUUUUUUCUCGUAUUAUUGCAGAUUUACUGAGGUCAUCAGGCGUUUCAUUCCAUUCCCGUGUUUUGUUCCUCAUAACUACGCUGCUGUGGUCCCUGGUCCUGCUGUGGCUCGUGGUCUUCUUUUAA